GUUUCAUAGUUUUUAGUUUCGGUUCGAACUUCUAUCUUGAUGGUGUCUUUGUUGAUUUGUUUUUCGAUAAUUUACUCGAAUCGUUUUUUUUUUUGAAAGACAAAUCCGUGUCUCCCAAUUUGAUGUGAUGUGUGUAGCAUAGCUGCCUUCUGUAUAAAAAUGAAGUCCGUGCUGUUAUUAUUAUUUUGUAAUAUAAAGAAAGAAAAAAAGUUCGCUUGUAUGUACUUUGAAUGUAAGAGCAUCCACAACGUGCGUUUCAUGUUUCAGUUUCGAAAAUCUUGUUUAAAACAAGCCUUUGCAAAUUGCAACGAUCAUUACUGUUUCGAAACAUAUGACAUAAGCAAGGUCUCAACGUUUAAUUGGUUUAGGAGUCCUUUACCAUCGUUGCUCAACUCUAUGUGUGACACGCAAAAAAUCGGUCAGAUAUCAUAAGUUUUCCGGGGUUCUACACAAACUAUACUUCCGCCUCUAUUGUGAAGUGAAAUAUUGUUAUUUAAAAUAAUUCCAUAACAUCCUAUUUAAAGAAACCUCACAACCCUGUCAAUAUUUUAUCAUUUGAUACAUAUUGAUGUGAUUUAUCAGUGAGGCAAAAACAUUUACCAAAACAGUAACGCUUAAACAAACGUUUGAAACUUACAACAUGCAAUGCAUCUUACUUGACUCAUUUAAUAUUAAAAAAUUUAUAGAAAAAUGCUUAAGAUAUUACUCACGUUGAGGAUGCUCUAAUGCGAUGCAUGCGCACCAUUUUCGCAAGUAAAUAGAGAACGUUGUAAAACUUGUUGUGAUUAGAUAAGAAGUGGUUGUUGAUGUAUAUUUCAGUAGGCAACUCGACGCAAUGCAUUUUCAAAUGAAGUUUUAAAUUUUGGUAGCCUUGUUGAUUGGAAGAGAACGACAACAGUUCAAACAAGUUUUGUGAAUAAUAUUUAAAAAAAAAUAUUUGGUCUGAUACAUCUUAGACCGUAAAACUUGUGUCGUGUAUACAUGAAAUGUAUGUAGCUGUUUCAACAGCAAAAACAAUUUCAUUUAAAAAGGUUGUGAAUGAUUGUGUUUUGUGUUGAGAGCCAAAACGUGAUAUUUAAAAUGAAAUAUACUAGUGACGCAAUUCUGAUGGUUUCACACAUACUUGUUUAAGGCAAACAGAUAUACCUUUACGUGCAACACAAUUUACAUGAAGAAAUCGAUCAGCUUUGUGUUAAUCGUCUGAAAUGAUUACAACAAAGAAAUCCGGUCCGCCAGUACCGCCACGACCAAAUGCAACAUUACUAUCAAAAUCACAAAGUAAUUCAUCGAUGAGUCUGCCUCCAGGAAGAACAGUUAUAUAUAAGUCACCAUCACAUGAUAAACCUAUGAGCGCUCAUAAUCAAGCCAAUGAUACAUUACAACAUAAGGUCACUAAAACAACUUUGCCGACUAGAACUUCGUAUUCAGCCGACAACGAUUUUACACCACACGGCGAUGAUGGUAUAUACAGUAAUGGGACUGAAAUUUUUAUUGCAACCAACAAUGCAAUUAGUGUAAGCAAUGUGAACUGUAAAAAUGAACCAAAUGUGAUAUUAGAUAGUGGCAUAGACAAUAAAUUGCAUGAAGGAGAAAAUGGUAGUGAUGACAAUAGAACUGUAUGGGAAAAUUCACACAAGCUUGAUAUUGUACAAAAAUCACCAUUGGCUAGCCCACGUCAAAACGUAUCUAGUAAAAAAUUUGUAAAAUCAAACAGUGAGAAUACAAGAGAAACGAUGUCAAUGUCACACGUAAUUGUUCUCAGCGAAAAAGAUCGAGUUAUUAACAAUAAUAUUGACGAAUUAUAUUACAAAAGAGCUGUUGAUGACCUGAUAGAGAUCCGAAAUGAACAAGUAAUCGCCCUAGUGGAACGCCGUAUUCCUGACCAGUUCGGAACAAAUUCUAUCUUAGAAACCUCAGACAAUCUGGAAAAUGUGAACUGUUACGGUAGCGUUGUUGAAAAACUGUUCACCGAAAUUGCGUGUGGCGAAAAGGCCCAAGAGAAUCAGUUAAAAUUGGAACAAUACAUUCCAGUACGAACACCUAGUCCGCUCAAUGUAAACAUCAUCGAUUCAAAUUUGUUGCAAACGGCAAAACAAACUCUCCAGUCAGACGACGUCUGCGACAUUAGUGAAGAAAAAGUAACCGUAGACAAGAAAGUAACUUUCCAUGAGCAAUUGAUUUCGGAGCUCGCCGAAAUGCAUAAGGUGGAAAAGCCUAUAACGAGAUACUCCUCGAGUUGUUCCAACGAUUCUUCGCCGAAUGGUACUCAUCGGUCGAGAAUACGAACCGCAGAUUGGGUUGAAGUCGGUGAUAAUGGUAAAGCAGUCCUGCUGUCAAGUUGUCAAAUAAGCUUAGAGGAUUCCGGUAUGGAAGACGAGGAACGAUUAGAUGAAAUUUCAUCUGGAGUAGGAGAUUCGUGGGAUAGUGUAAAAGAUUGUGUAGAUGACAGAAUGUCGUUACCCGGACUACCGCCACUUCCAAAAAGUUUAAGUACUAUUGAAAAUACAGGUACCCAUCCGCACAACACUUCUAACUUUGGAUCGAUCGAAACUCAAAGAGGAGUGUCACCGGUGAGCAGGAAGACAUCCACUUUGGAUACACAACUAGCUAUACUUCGAAGAGAAAUGUUCGGCCUGCGUCAACUUGAUCUGUCUUUACUGUCACAACUAUGGGCCCUAAACGAAUCGAUCCAAGAGUUUCGAACAAUGAUCCAAGAGCAAGAGGCACUGUCCCCGCCAUCCCCAUCACCAUCUCCAUCCGACACAAAUUCUGUAUCGUCAGGUGACGAAGGUGACUCUUCCAUACAAGAUCACAAUCACCCGUCUGCCAUGCAAAUGCAACAUCAAUAUAAACAACAACAACAUGUACUCCAGCAGCAGCAACAACAGCAGACGACUCAGCAACAACGUAUGCGUGCCGCUCCACCUCCACCACCAAAUCGAAAAACAGUCAAAGUACCAUCGCGGCCACAGAUCUGAUAUUGCAAUUUUAGUUGCAUUUACUCAAAAGUGCAAUUGUUAUUUAAAUCGUCGUCAUCUCUUUUGGCUGUUGAACC